UCUCUUUCUUAGAAAAUCACCAUCACAUAAUAAUGGCAGAUACUUGCAUUCAAAACAUUAAGCUCAUAGGUGCGGCAUCCUUGGGUCUCGCCACCGGUGUUCUUGCCUUCAACGCUAAUCGCUCUAUCCCAUCUAUCUUGACCACCAUUGCCAACACCUCUGCAGACAAGACUGCCGCGGAAUCUGCGUACAUAAAGAAAUCCCUUGACUGUUUGAUCAACACCUCGCGUGCGACGCUUGCGGUGGUCGGUUCAGCGGCUGGUUACGCCUUGGUCACCGCCUUCCGCUACUCUCCAGUUUCCAAAAGACACCCAUACUUGCUCUACUCCGCCGUCGGAGUCCCAUUAUCCUGGAUUGUCUACUUCUUCUACGACAACAGGGGCUUUGGCGCCGAAAGAAACAUCUCUGCAGUUCUUAAAGACCAGGAGGUCAAGUCCAAGGCGUUCCCGCCGUUGACCAAAACGACCCCGGCCGAAAAAAUUGAAUCGGAAGAAGUCUCUCCAUUGGACAACUCUGUUUACAAUGACCUUGGCGUCGAGUCUGCCUCCUUGGAGCUCGAGUCAAUCGCAUCUUCCACCACCGCCUCGCCGGCCACAGAUGUACCGGUAGAGGAUGACGACAAUAACAUUGAGUUCGAGAUCGAUCAGUCGUUAUUGAAGAAUGUUGUCACCCUUAAUUUGAACAAGUUACAGUGUGGUUAUAACGCUGUCGCAUCUGUCUUGGGUGUUUCAUUUGCCCUCGCCAGUGUAGGUGUCUUUGGCGAGUACUACUUUUAAACCGAGAGUGGAGUUUUGUUUUCACUGGAUAUAAUAACUUUAACGUAAUAUGGUAUACUUUAAUACACUACAAUAUGACCCAACGGUUGUACAUCGGAG